CGAAUAUCGUAACCACACAGCACCCAUCCAUAUAUAAUACACACAUUUAAUAAUCCAGCCAACAGUUUCGCGUAUUGUUUAAAAAUACAUUUUCGAUUUACUUUGUACAAUAUUUAACCAGCGAAAAAAAAGGCGAAAUAGUUUAAGAGCGGCCCCAUGCCCAUUAUGUUUGCAUAAAAAUUUAAAAUCCAAAAAAUUCGUCUUAUGAAUUUUAAAUCGAAUUUCAUUGUUGUGUUUGGAUGGAGAAGCAGUGCGCGAGACAUUGUAUUUGCAUCGAAGUAAUAAAGAGAAUAGUUCCGUAAUGGAAUGUUGAGGUACAUUAUACACCAUUGAAUGUUUGAAUACCACAACAUGCUAACGGCAUCACACAUUUGCCCCGAAUUUGAAUAGAAAACGCCGCCGUUUUUUUCGAUUUUGGAUGAACAACUGACGUGAAACGAUUCGCGAAAAUUAAUUCAAAUUCGUAGUCCGGUCUCACAAAAUCAUGGAAUACAAUCUAAUGCCCGGUAAUCUGUCCGGCGCUGACAGUGGCAUUGAAAGUAAUUGCAACCGGACGAAUUCUAGUCAACAGACCAUACCAAAUAGCACCGACUCAGAUGCAACGUCGGCUAUCUAUACGAUUGAUACGAAUCAAGAAAGUAAUCCACUCGAUGAUCUGACCGACAUCGAUCAACCACUAUCCGAUCAUCCGCAACUAUCGCAUCAGUUGUCCGAUUGUAGUUCAACAUUCGAAUUUGUCGACUUCCAAAGUCCCAUUUCGAAUGCCGAUGGUCGCAGCAAUUCGUCAACGCUGAACGAACAAGAGUCGAUCAUCGACGAAAUGAAUCAUCAGUCGAACAAUCAUCACGAGCCGAUCAUUCGAUUCUCUGAUUUGGUGGAAACAAAUCCGCCGGACGAUAACAAUAAAAUGUUUCGACGUCAGCUUUGUGAUCGCAGUCGGCUGUCGUCGAAGGAGGAGAAACAGCGACAGAAUGAGGAGAUAGUCAUAUUGGAAUCGUCGUCUGUAUCGUCCGAGAGUGGCAGCUGGGAUCCGGUAUUUCCACAACGUACAGCGUCGGCGGUUAAUAUUCAUAAAGAGAACGUGCCGGGAACAUCAGUUCUCGCACAACCUGUAGCGGUGCCGCGGACACCCGAACAACCCGACACAAUGUUCACACAAAAUCAAUCAACAACUUCCAGAGGUGCUUGUUUCAUUGAUGCCUCAUCUCUGUUGGAUGACACAGAGGUGGCCUUCUCUAGUCUCAAUUGUCCCAAUGUUUGCGAGUCAAGCAACAAAUUGCUGGACGAUGUGAAAGAAGAUUCGCACGAAAAGGACCAAACGGAAGUGUGCAAAGAAUCGGAAAUCGGGAAAAUGGAUCUGAAAUUGGAGUCGACCGAGGACGAUCACGCCGCGGUUCUGGAGAGUCCAAAUUUGUCGGACGAACAGAAGUUAUUCCACCGUGGAUCAGAGCAACGUACCGACUAUGACAUCAAAGAUCAAUUUGCCAGCGAUGCGUACAGCACCCAGAAGAUUUUCACUUCGCCAUUGGAUGAUCGUCAGGGAGUGUACGACGAUAGUUCUGUCACGAAAGAGACCAAUUCCAUUGCCGACGAUCUGGAUGCUGACUUUGCUUCACGUCAAGAACAGGAACGGAAACAAGGAAAUUUUUUGUUCAAAAAUUCCAUUCAGCAUUACAGUCAGACCGUGCAGCCGGUGGUCAAUUUGCAUUCCGAUCGGGAAGAGAGUGAUAUGUCCCUGCCGAGCAUCUAUUCCACCAACAGUGAGCCAUACAAUGACUUCGGCCACAACUACGAGACCAGCUCCCAAUACAGCAGCAAUUUUGGCGACACCAACGAGUACGGCCACGCUUACUCACGCUGUUUAUCGGAAACCGAAUCGGGAAUCUAUCCAGACACGCCACACAAUUCCAUUGUGAACGUUGAUUCACCGCGAUGUUUCUCACGGUCCGAUAACCCGUCGGAGUGUUCCAUCAAAAUACCGAAGAAACCUUUCAAAUGUGAUGAGUCGGCACCAAUUUGUUCUGGCGGUGCAUCGAUUGCAGAUUUUACCCCCAAGCUGUGUGAAAGUCCGUCAGUGCGACGGAAAACGGAAACGUGUCCAAUCAUAUCGGGGGGACUGUUGAUGGCUGACUUUGAGGAUGAUUCAAAGCCGAAAAUUGUUGAAAAACCGAAGGUAACGCCCCGGAAUGCAUGGGUUGUCGAUAUGAGCGAUUGUAAGUCAAAGAGAAAUCGCAGUGAGAGUUCAUCGUCUAGUGUGACGGACAUUGGAUCACAUCGAUCGACAGACACACCACCAAUUGAACGAAGUGGUUCGGGCAGCUCGCAUAAAAGUGGCUUAGGUUUCUAUGUUUCGCUGAAUGACAUGAAACCGAAGAAAACUGAGGAAAAUGCAAUCACUAAGAAUGGUGCGCAUGACGUGCGAAAAUCGUCCGGUUUUUACGUGGAUUUAUCUGAAAAUGAAAAUUCACGUUCCAGCACACCACCGGUAGCUAAGACACAAAGUGGUGAAGAGUCAGAUAAGAAGAACAUCUUCUCGAUGUUCAUCGAUUUCGGUGUGAAAAAGGUCGUUGCGAAAAAGGAGCCGUCAUCGUUUACGUCCCGUCUAACCAAAGCCAUUCAAAAGCAGAACGAGGAGCAAUCCCAGUCCGAUUCGGAGCAGAAUCAAAAGGCUAGCGAUUCGGACAGAGAUUCGGAUCAUGCGGUCGUGGCUCGACGCUCCUGUUCGCCGGGCAAAUUUAGAAACGAUGCGAAACGACAUUCCUGGAACACAUCCAAAGAACGACCGUCAGACAACCCAAAAGCAUACACCCGAUCGUCGAGUUUGUGCAACGACAAUGGAAUCAUGAGCAUCCUGGACAAAAUUCCAUUCAUUUCCAAGACAUCCAGUAUGUCCAUCGACUCGCCCCGUUCGCCGUACGACGAAUUCUCUUGUUCGAAGUCAUUGAGCUCCUAUUCGAACAAUUCCAAUUCGUUGACAUCGAAUUCGAUCCACUCCAGCGUUGAGUGCAAGAACAAAACGGAAGUACCCGACAUCAUGGCUACGUCGACGCGUAGGCGGCAAAAGGAUGCGAAAAUUAACGAAACCUUUGACAAGAGCAGUCAGGGAUCGCUUACCGACGGGAUUUUAUCCAAAGAUUCGUCGCCGACCACUGACACAGACGACGUAACAUUCCAGAAUGACGAACCGAUCGCUCGGAAUCAUUUAAUGGAAACGAUCGUCGAAGCAAAGGAAACCAAUUCACCGAAAAAGGCACCAGUCCACAAACCAACGGCCGACGAAAUUCAAGCUAUGGAAGCGUUGCAGGCCACAAUCGAAAAGCAGAAAAUGUUACUGGAAACGGUGAACGAAGAGGUGCAGUUGUCUUCGUUCGUCAAGCUGUCGGAUAUGGACAAGAAGUUCGAAGGACCAAAGUUUGAACUGCACGGAGAGAAUCUGUCGAAAUCGGUUGGAUCGUCACGCAUCGGUCGAUUGUUCAUUGAUGGCAAGACAACUAAUCGGAAUACGUGGCACUCUAUGUCACGUUCUCAAGGCAACAAUUUAACCAACCUCGCCUCGUCGGUGGAGAAUCUCCGAAGUCUGACCAGACUGUUCCCACAUCUGAGCAAAGAACUCAGCAACAGUUUACCGAUUGACUUCCAAAUCGACGAUCUGGUCAACAAGAGUCCAUCCGACUAUCAAGAGUACACUCAAACCGACCUAUCGUCUACAUCCAGUUUGACAUCGAGUUUCAGCCGAUCAGGCAUGGAUUCGGCCGACGAGUCGUCACUGUCGUGUCGUCAGCCUCGUCGACUGGGAGAAGAUUUACUGAAGAUGUUUUUGCAGGAAAUUGCGACCGAUGUCAUCGUCGAAGUCAAUGGUCGUCGAAUGCGAGCCCACAAAUGCAUUCUCGUCAGUCGAUGUCAAUAUUUUGCGGCAAUUUUAGCUGGCGGUUGGGUCCAAAGUGCUGGGGAUAUUAUCUCACUGCCCGGCUACUCAUACGGUUCGGUACAUUUCGCCUUGUGUCACAUAUAUUCGGGCGCUUCCCAUCCACCAGAAGGCAUCAGUUUGAUGGAACUGGCAGCGUUAGCCGAUUUAUUGGGACUGGAGGGAUUGAAAGAAGUGACUGCGCAUGCCCUGCGAACCAAUUACUGUCACAAUUUCCAUAAACCUUGUUCAGGAUGCAUAGAGGGCAUUCUGCAGGUCUUCCCCGUUACGUUGAAUCACGGUCUGGACGAUUUGUAUCGGAAAUGUUUGCGAUGGACUUGCAAGCACUACGUCAAAGUCUGGCCAACCAGAGCGUUUGCACAGCUUCCGCCGGACAUUGUAAAUCGCUGUCGGCAGCAUAUUGUCGCCCAUUUGUCGUCGGAAACCGUUCUCAACGUCAUCCUCGACUGUGACAAUCUCCUCACGCUACUGGCUCCAUGUCGCUGGGCGAUUGCCGUUGAAAAUACGGUCCGUGAUAUUAUCGACACCGCCCAUUCGUACAUUGCCGAUCAUUUUGCCAGUCUGAUUGCCAGCGACGGCUUCUUGUCACUCGGUCACGGUCAAAGUUGGAAUAUUUCGCGACUGGAAAAUCUCCUACUGCGCAUCGGUUCCACACUAACGGCGGAUCAGGCGUGUCGCAGUUAUCAGCGUAUCACUCGAUUGAAUGUGGUGCUCGGUGGCAAAGCUCUCAAAAUGACACCGUCCGGCUGCCAAAUCAACAAUGAAUCGAUGCUGGAUCAAGAGGAAAUGGAUUGGAAUCCGGAAUUUUUGCGACUGGUCACAGAGAUAUUAAGGGCGGUUGAGCAGUGCUUGACCAGACAGUGCUCAAGAGCGAUGCGUAAUAAUCAAUGGCAGAGAAUGGAUUUGGAUUUGAGGAAGAAAAUUCAGAAAUUGGCAUGUCUAUCCGACCCAGUUGAGAACAAACGAUUGAGAGCUGUCAACAAGCCGGUGACAUACAGCAAUUCCUCACCAGUUCACAGUCGCAACCAGGACUUGUAUCAACUGAAGCUGUCGAUUCAAGCCCACUCGAAGCGAACGGCUCAGGAGCAGCAUCAACAGUACCGACCGAGUGCACACUCGCAUACGCAGACCCAUGUUCUGGAGAGACACAUUCAAGAGCGAAAUCUCCAAACGAACCACGACAAGUCAGCAGAUCGGGUGAUGAGCAUGCCGUCAAAGUCUACAUCUCGUGCACACGUUCCGGAUUUGAUUUCAACAAUCCGGAAGCCGGAAAAUCAACGACCUGUUUCGUUGGGCCAUCGUCGCAGUCAAUCGGAGACCAUCAACACGAAAACGGCCAAGACCGAACGAUUGACAAAUGUGCGGCCACGCUAUUUGGAACCGAAAACGACCCACAGUAAAUUGUCGAGUAAUUUGGCGGUCAAGGCCAUAAGCCAUUCGUCGAGUGACAGUUCCCGAAAUGCCAGCCCAUCGAAUCGUCACCAUGCACCGAUGGUGAAGAAGCAACAGAACAAGGAGAAUGAUUCCACCAAUAUGUCACGCGACAGUCUGGCAUCGCCGGCCAAGGUGAAUAAACUGACGAAGAACCGAAGUUCUCACGACAUUGAUCGAUCGAUCGAUUCGCUGGGUGAAUCGAUGCUCAGUUCCAUUAAAACGGAAAAGACUUUGUCCCAAGAGUCGAUCAUCAUCAAACGGAAGGACAAUUUGACCAAGCCAGCAUUGAAGUCAAUAUCGCGAUCGAAUCCGGUGAUCAAUAAACAAUCAACGACGGCAACGGCGACAAUAACGAAGAUGCGGCCAUUGUCGAACAAAUUUAUCGCUAAGCCCAGACCACUAUCCGGUCAGACAACAAACGAAAAUUCACCGUCGUCUGUUACGACCAAGAGCAGCCGUCUAUCAUCGCUAAGUUCGCCGAGAGACGUACACAAGACGCUAAGUCAGCAGGCAGUGCCGGCAAAGAAAAGUUUCCUUUCCGCCAAAUCGAAAGAGAUUCUGGCAAAGAAACAACAACUCAACCACACCGACAGUACACGAUCUGUGCCGGCAGCAGUGCGUGCCGAGAAAAUCUCCGUAAACAAAUCUCAAUCAACGUCGAAUGUGCCGCAUUCGAAACCGAAUCCAUUCAAUACGACACUGCAUCUGCGCCGCACAGCUAAACUGGAUGACGAAAAACCGAUCAAGAAAAGUGCUUCGACCAAAGCCGUACCGAUAACGAACGGUAAAACGAAUGGGAAAAUUGUCAACGGCCGGUCCGGCAAGUGUGACAAGAAGGUGGACAAAGUGUGCGUGGAAAUUGAACCGGAAGUGGAGGACAUCAAACCGUUACGCAUCGAUUCGAGGCUCGAGCGAUCCAGCACUUUUUGCAAGGAGAGUUCGGACGUGCCGCUGAGUGAAUUGCAGAUUAUCGAAUAAGAAGUGUGGCCGGCGGUUAUGAGGACACAGGUCCAUAUUGUGGUAAGAAAAAUUGUGAUAGACGGAAAACUGUACGAGUUGAUUGUUAAGCAACGGAGCCCUGUCUCUCCUCUAGUCAGCAUAGACGCAAUGAACGAUUUUGUCGGUUGCAAUGCGUAUGGAGCAUCAAAUGACGAUAGUUUUAAGAUGAUUUUUAUUGGAUAAGAUUUAGUGUGUAGAUGAGAUGUGCUACGAAUUGAUGACAAGUGAGCUUAGAUAGCAGCGCAUAAGAUAAGGGUUGUCGCGUAUAAUUGCUAAUCUUGGAGUAUUGUCGUUCGCUUUUAUGUUUCCGACUUCAGGCUCUGCAAAUACAUUUACACAGUUGGCGUUAAAAACGUUCAGUUGACGUUAAUAACGUUCAGUUGACGUUAAUAACGUUCAAUUGACGUUAAUAACGUUCAGUUGACGUUAAUAACGUUCAGUUGACGUUUAAAACGUUCAGUUGACGUUUAAAACGUUCAGUUGACGUUUAAAACGUUCAGUUGACGUUUAAAAUGUUCAGUUGACGUUUAAAACGUUCAGUUGACGUUAAAAACGUUCAGUUGACGGUAAAAACGUUCAGUUGACGGUAAAAACGUUCAGUUGACGUUAAUAACGUUCAGUUGACGUUUAAAACGUUCAGUUGACGUUUAAAACGUUCAGUUGACGUUUAAAACGUUCAGGUGACGUUUAGAACGUUCAGUUGAUGUUUAAAACGUUCUGUUGACGUUAAAAACGUUCAAUUGACAUUUAAAACGUUCAGUUGACGUUUAAAACGUUUAAUUAACGUUUAAAACGUUCAAUUAACGUUUAAAACGUUCAGUUGACGUUUAAAACGUUCAGUUGACGUUUAAAACGUUCAGUUGACGUUUAAAACGUUCAGUUGACGUUUAAAACGUUCAGUUGACGUUUAAAACGUUCAGUUGACGUUUAAAACGUUCAGUUGACGUUUAAAACGUUCAGUUGACCUUUAAAACGUUCAGUUGACGUUUAUAACGUUCAGUUGACGUUUAAAACGUUCAGUUGACGUUAAUAACGUUCAGUUGGUGUUUAUAACGUUCAGUGGGCGUUAAUAUUGACAGAAAGGAAUUUCCAAGAAAAUCUCUCCCAAUAUAAAGCGUAUAGGCUACAAGUUCUGGUCAAAUAUUUUCGAUGAUCGAGUCAAUCUCAUUGCGACAGUGUCGUGCAUAGAAGCAAUCUUUAAUACACAUUCCGUUUAACGGAUUUAGUCUUUAAUAUUCAGUCAAUAAACAAGAGCAUCCUCAUUUCAGGAAGACGAACGAACCCCUAGAUUAAUUAGAAUUUAGACAUCCGUGAAGAUAAUGUGCACUUUCGUUGAUAGUAUGCAUACACACAACUGCGACAAGCUCUGCUAUUUUAUAAUGUUCAGUCAACCGAGCUUUCCAUUUGGUUCAUCAAAAAGAAAAAGUUUUGAGAAUAAAAAAAACGAAAAUUUGAUUUUCAAUUCAAGAAUCAAAACAAUUUGGUUCUCCAAUCCAUUCCAUUUGUACAUUUAGUUUAACAAAUUUAAGAAAAAAAUUGUUUUUCGUCUGAGAGAGUUGCGGGAAACGUUCACAACAGCCGAUGCGAUAUUAAACUUUCCCUGAGAUUUACGACAUCGUUUCAAGUUUCAUUCGUUACCAAUCUAUGAUGACAGUAGCUAUGUUUCUCCCACGAAUCCAGCGAAAUGUGUUAUAUUCUAACACUUUCUAAAAACUGUAACCUUGCACUGCGUCGUUUUCAAUCCAAAAUCGCAGGUCGCUCCCAAUUUUCCAAAUUUGCCAGAAACCAUAUUACCGUUGAAAUUUCGGUCACAUUAAGUUACAUUCUACCAAUAGUGAACGCCGUGUGAAAAUUGAAUCUUCAAUUUGACGAAAUGAGCAACUUCACUCUCGUCAAAUAGACAGUGGGAGGUGCGGGAAAACAGAAAAAAUAGGAAAAUAUUCAGUUCUUACUUUCUCGCCAGUAGUCACUGUUGUGCAAACCCGAUUUUCU